CCAUAGCAAAUAUAGCUGUGAUUGUAAUUAUAGGGUGUGUGUCUCUCUGUGUGUACACGUGUAUUUGGAAUAGAGCGGAUAAACUUUGGUCUUGGGUAAACUGAGGCACGGCUGUGGCAAAGGGGCUGACUCUUUUCUAUCCCAUUGAGAACAUCCUUCUGGUGCUGGGGUGGAGGGAUCCGUGGUACGUGAUAAUUGUGUAGCUUACCUUGUAAUUGAUUCCAUAGCUUUCACUGACGUCCAAGAAGAUUAAAGAGAAAAAUGUGGUCAGCGCUUAAUAUGGAGGGCACAGUGGAUGUGCUGGUUUUUCCUUUCCAUCCAUUCAUCCAUCAACUUUAUUCUUUUUUUGGGCAAACAGGACUUAGCUGUAAACAGAGUUUAUGGUCUGUUUUGCAUUUUGUAUUUAUUAAUAUUUAUGCUGACUGUGAAGUGCCAGAAGAAUCAGUAAUACACACACACCAUGUCUGCGUGGUUUGCUUCUGAGCCUGAGAUCCUGAAAAUAUUUCAAUUGUUCUUAACAGGCUAGAGUUAGGACCCAGGAAGGACACAGCAGUGGGGUUAUAAAUAGAGAAGGAGAACAGAACAAAGUUUGAGGAGAGAGACUUACAUCACUCACUCCCUCUCCAUUCAGGGAGCAGGACGGAGGUGUGAACUUGAGCCAGACCAGAAGGAGCUCGGGAGCUCGAGAGCGGGUGCAGGACAAGCCCGAGGAGCAGGCGGGAGCUCCAGGGGAAAAUCGCGCACAAAGCCUUCUUCAGAGGAAAGGGCAGCUCCAAACCUGACCCGGACAAACAGAAGCUCUUGAAAUUAAAAGAAAAUAUCACAGGACAAACAGCCUCCCGUCCACGGGUGGAGGUCGUGGGCACAGUGGUGACCUGAGAUCGCUUUCCCGGGACUGCGAGUUGGACUCUCUUUUCUCCUCCCUGCAUUCCACAGCUGCUCUGCUCAUUGCAGCGUGUUUAUCGAUCACUGAAGAAUCGCAAGUUUUGGGACAAGGAGGAAACACCUAUUAGGUCUCCAAGACAGCUGUGUUUCACAACCUUUAAGGAAAUAGAACUUUUUCUCCCCCUGGAACCUGUGAAAAUGUCCCUUUUCCAAGGAAGUGAAGGUUAAGAGGUCCCGUUCUCACAGACCCUCAGGAAUUUCGCUCGGCUCCGAGCUCUGACUUCCGAAAACGCCAUGGCCAAGCUGUUGUGGCUGUGCUGCUGGUACCCCCGGCUGCUGCUGUUUUACUACAGUCUUCAGGUGCAUGGUGUCUAUGCCAGAUCUCAGGACCAUCCAGGAUUUCAGGUCUUGGCAUCUGCUUCCCAUUACUGGCCACUGGAGAAUGUGGAUGGAAUCCAUGAACUUCAGGAUACAACUGGAGGUAGAGACACAGCGUCCCGAACCCACAAGCUCACUGUGCUUCCCUCCCGUAAUUCCACCUUUGUGUAUUCCAAUGACUCUGCCUACUCAAAUCUCUCUGCAACCGUAGAUAUUGUGGAAGGGAAGGUCAACAAAGGCAUUUACCUGAAAGAGGAAAAGGGAGUCACGCUUCUCUAUUACGGCAGGUACAAUAGCUCCUGCAUCAGCAAGCCGGAGCAGUGUGGCCCUGAAGGGGUCACAUUUUCCUUUUUCUGGAAGACGCAAGGAGAACAGUCUAGACCAGUCUCCUCUGCGUAUGGGGGACAGGUCAUCUCGAAUGGGUUCAAGGUCUGCUCCAGCAACGGCAGAGGCUCCGUGGAGCUGUACACACGGGACAAUUCCAAGACAUGGGAGGCCUCCUUCAGCCCCCCAGGCCCCUAUUGGACUCAUGUCCUGUUUACAUGGAAAUCCCAGGAGGGCCUGAAAGUCUACGUCAACGGGACCCUGAGCACCUCUGACCCGAGUGGAAAAGUGUCUCAUGCCUACGGGGAGUCCAACGUCAACCUCGUGAUAGGGUCUGAGCAGGACCAGACCAAGUGUUACGAGAAUGGCGCUUUUGAUGAGUUCAUCAUCUGGGAGCGGGCCCUGACUCCAGAUGAGAUCGCCAUGUACUUUACUGCUGCCAUUGGAAAGCAUGCUCUAUUGUCUUCAGCAUUGCCAAGCCUCCUCCUGACACCCACAGCAAAGCCCAUGACGUCCACAGAUGCCUACCAUCCCAUCAUAACUAACCUGACAGAAGAGAGAGAAAACUUCCAAAGUCCCGGAGUUGUACUGAGUUACCUCCAAAAUUUAUCCCUUAGCUUACCUAGUAAGUCCCUCUCGGAGGGGACGGCCUUGAAUCUCACCAAGGCCUUCUUCAAAGCCGUGGGAGAGGUCCUUCUACUGCCUGCUUGGACUGCUGUUUCAGAGGACUGCACCGUGGUACUGAGUCUCGUCGACACCAUUGACACCGUCAUGGGCCACAUAUCCUCCAACCUGCACGCCAGCACGCCCUGGGUCACCGUGGAGGGCUCCUCCGCCAUGGCAGAGUUUUCCAUGGCCAAAGUCCUGCCCAAGACCAUGAAUUCCUCCCACUACCGCUUCCCGGCCUGCGGGCAGAACUUCAUCCAGAUUCCCCACGAGGCCUUCCACGGCCACGCCUGGACCACUGUCGUGGGUCUUCUGUACCACAGCAUGCACUACUACCUGAACAACAUCCGGCCUGUCCACACCAAGAUCGCGGAGGCCAUGCGUCACCAGGACUGCCUGCUAUUUGCCACCAGCCACCUGAUUUCCCUGGAGGUGUCCCCGCUGCCCAUGCUGUCUCAGAACCUGUCGGGCUCUCCGCUCAUCACCAUCCACCUCAAGCACAGACUGACACGUAAGCAGCACAGUGAGGCCACCAACAGCAGCAACCAAGUCUUCGUGUACUGCGCCUUCCUGGACUUCAGCUCCAGAGAAGGGGUCUGGUCGAACCAGGGCUGUGUGCUCACGGAAGGAAACCUCACCUACUCUGUCUGCCGCUGCACUCACCUCACCAACUUCGCCAUCCUCAUGCAGGUGGUCCCGCUGGAGCUCGCACGCGGACACCAGGUGGCACUGUCAUCCAUCAGCUACGUGGGCUGCUCCUUGUCCGUGCUCUGCCUGAUGGCCACACUGGUCACCUUUGCCGUGCUGUCCUCUGUGAGCACCAUCCGGAACCAGCGCUACCACAUCCACGCCAACCUGUCCUUUGCGGUGCUGGUGGCCCAGGUCCUGCUGCUCAUCAGCUUCCAGCUUGAGCCGGGCACAACUCCCUGCCGGGUGAUGGCCGUGCUUCUACACUACUUCUUCCUGAGUGCCUUCGCCUGGAUGCUGGUGGAGGGGCUGCAUCUCUACAGCAUGGUGAUCAAGGUCUUCGGGUCGGAGGACAGCAAGCUCCGUUACUACUAUGGGAUGGGAUGGGGUAGGUUCUCCUCUUCUGAUCUGGGUCACAUCGCUGUCCUUUGCCGUGGACGGUUACGGAACGAGCAGCAAUUGCUGGCUGUCGCUGGGGAGUGGUGCCAUCUGGGCCUUUGUAGCCCCUGCCCUGUUUGUCAUCGUGGAAUCACUGUCAGCUGCAGAGGGGGUGCCUUUGGGUCUGUGUGGUUUACAGCUCCUCCUGCCCAGGGGCUGCAGCACCUCCCCAGGGCUGCCUAAGGAUCACCUGCCAUCGCUUUAUCAGCUCGACCCUUUAAAGACUGACAGCCUUUAGUGAGAGGUUCUUGCGCUCCCUGGAGGUCUGGGAGAACCAUUAAUUUUGUCAACGGAAAUGCAGAAACGCUUUCGGAACAGACUCCAGGCCCCUCAGUCAUCAAACUCCCGGCCAGAGCAUGGUCAGCUGGGAGGGGUUUAAAGGACGUUUAGUGACAGAGGGUGUGAGGGGGAAGUCGUAUUCAAGUCUGCUGUUCCCUGUUCGCCCUUUCUGUCUGCUGACUUAAACCCUUUAGAUCUGCAGGGCCCCGGGCAGAAUAGGCCCCUGUGUCAGACGCUGCCCUGGUCAUCUGGCUUUCAUGUCUGACCGUGGUCAGUGACAGCUGCGGUUCUGAGGUGGCUCUGCCUGGCUCCGGAACCACUCACGUGGCGUGGGCCCAGCGCUAGGAACCCAGCACUCCUGUGUCUCCCAGCCUCGCUAGAGUCCCUUUUGUCAUUUCUGAGGGAACAUUACCUCCAGGGCCUGACCCCCACCCUACUGCUUGUUGUCAGUGGCCCUCAAUCCUGGAGGACAAAACAAUUCCUCCUCAAACUUAUUACAUUAUUGAAUUACCUGGGAGUUUUUUGUUUUUUGAGACAGUCUUUCCUCUGUCGCCUGAGCUGGAAUGCCUUGGCACGAUCUUGGCUCACUGCAACCUCUGCCUCCGGGUUCAAGCAGUUCUCCCACCUCCACCUCCUGAGUAGCUGGGACUACAGGCAGGUGCCACCACGCCCAGCUAAUGUUUGUAUGUUUAGUAGAGAUGGGGUUUCUCCAUCUUGGCCAGGCUGGACUCAAUCUCCUGACCUCAGGUGAUCCACUCUCCUUGGCUUCCCAAAGUGCUGGGACUGCAGGCAUGAGCCACUUCCCUGGCACUGGGAAGCUUUAAAAGUAUUCCUGCCUGAGCUCCACCCUCUGAGGUUUCAGCUUCAUGGCCUUUAGAAUCUCCCAGAUGAUUCUCACAGGCAGCUGGCUUGAGGUCCUCAUGCCCUCCUGGGACACUGGUAGCAGCAGGCAGUUUAGAAGGGAGGCAAGAGCAGCCUUAAAAGAUUCCAGGGUCAAGUGCAGAGGUCAGCAAACUGCCACAGUCUAGCCUACUCCGUCCUUCUGUAGAUCAAGUUUUCUUGGCACACAGCCACGUCCGUUGAUUUGCACAUUGCCUGUGGCUGCUUUCAGGCUGCAGCGGCUGAGCUGAAUAGUUACAGCAAAGACUGUGUGGCCUGCAAGGCCGAAAAUACUGAAUGCCUCUUGGCAGGAGGCUUAUCCACCUCUGGGCCUGGGGGAGCCAUGGAGGUGCCAGCCGACCCCUGCCGGGAGUGCCGUGGUGGAGGGGUGGGGGUCUUGUCCCUCUUACGUCUUCAGAGGAUCCCAGGGUUUGUGCCAUUUGGGUCAAUUCCUCAUUCACCUGCAAGUCCUCAGCCUUAUUUCCAGGUGAAGAAAGCAGGUUUUGGGGUAACGUAUUGCAUGAUCUCAUUUGUGUAAAAGGUUAAAAACUCUGUGGGUACACACUCACAUGUGAACAUACAGCUGAAUAAGAAAAUGCCGGACAGAAGCACAUAGAAUAAUGGUUCCCUAAGGAGAGCUUUGGGUUUGGGGAGUGUGUGCUUCAAGGUUAUAUGCAUCUAAAAACACCCACGUAUUGCUUGCAGAAUUUGAAAAUUAAAACCUUUUAGGAAGCUGUAUGUUUGCAUUAGGACACAUGGUUUCCUAAAAGGUUUCAUCCUCAAGAGGCAGAAUCUAGGAGACAGUAAAGGGUCACUGUGGGGCCUGCCGGGCCUCGGGUUGAGGACAAAAGGGCAGAGAUGAGCUACUUAGUAACCACCCCACCAGGCGCCUGCUGCCAGACACACACUGCCCACUGUCCCUUCUCAAACUGCUCCUGCCGUCAGGCAAGGAAAUGACUUUCCGUUUGCCCUGCAAGUCCAGUUACACAGACUGCGGACGUGCCGGCAGGCGGGCAUUCCCUGGUGUCUAGGGCUGCUGCAACAGGACCACAGGCUGUGCGGCUUGAACAAAAUUCUUUUCUCACAGUUUUGGAAGGUAGAAGUCCAAGGUCCAGGCAUCACCAGGGUUGGUUUCUGCCAAGGCCUCGCUCCUUGGCUCACAGAUAACUUGCUUUUCCCUGUGCACUCACAUGGUUUUCCCUUGGUGCGUGUCUACCUCUUCAAAUCUCCUCUUAAAAUAAAUGACUGUCUUAAGCCAGUCAUUGGAUUAAAGCUCACCCUAGUGACCUCAUUUUAACAUAAUUAUUUAUUUAAGGAACAUAUCACCGUGUGGUCUCGUUCUUAGGCACAGAGGCUUAGGGCUUCAUAUUCAAUUCAAUAUGAAUUUGAGGGGCCACAGUUCAGCCCAUAACACCUGAUUUUUCAGAAGCUGCAGAGCCUAGACACCCUGUUCCCCCAAAGAACAGGGACUCCAUGGAUGUCAGGGGCCCUUUAGCCUGAGCCUUCAAAAUGGCCUGUUCUCUGCUGGCCCCACUGAGGAAAGAAGGAGAGUGCCUCCAGGUGUGUGGAAGAGGAGGCGUCUCUGAUUUAAAAUCUUUAUCUCCUUUGGGGAGAAGUCAGGGUAGGGAUUUGUCUGUAUAGAGACAGAUACAGAUAUGGUUACAGAUAUAUAUAUAUAUAUAUACACACACACACACACACACACACACACACACACAGAGGUAUAGAUGCAAAUAGAUGCAUAGAGACAGAUACACAGGUACAAACAGAGAUACAGAUAUAAAUGCAGGCAGAUACAUGGAUCCAAGUACAGACAGAGACACAGAUGCAUUGCUCCGGAUGCACAGAUACAGAUAAACACAGAUGCAGAUUCUCCUGAACUUACAGUGGGGUUAAGUCCUGAUAAACUUAUCAUAAGCAGGAAAUGCCAGAAGUUGAAAAUGCAUUUAGCACAUUUAACCUACAGAGCAGCAUAGCUUAGCCUACCUCAGUCAUUCUUGCAGCUCUUACAUUAGUUGGGCAAAAUCAUCUAACACAAAGCCUAUUUAUAUUGCAAUGUUGAAUAUGGAAUGAAACUGAUUGAAUACUGGAAGUGAAAAACUAGUUGUAUAGGUUUGCAGAGCACAGUUUUUUACUGACGUGUAUUGCUUUCACACCCCUCAAAAGUUGACAAAUUAUUACUCAAACCUUCCUAAGUUAGGAGCGGUAGAUUAGAUACAUUUGGAUACGGUGUGUAGUUACAGAUACCUAAAUAUAGACAGACAGAGACACAUUGCUUUGUGUGAAUGUUUCCCUCAGAGUUCAUGAAACUUAAUUUCCAGUGCAGCGGUUCUGAGAGGUGGAACCGUUAGGAGCUGAUCAGGUCAUGAGGGCUUUGCCUUCGUGAAGGAGCUAAUGCUGCUGUUGUGGGAGUGGGCUCAUUAUUAAAGGGGUGGGAUUCUGAUUAAAAGAUUAGUUUUGCCCCCUUUGGUCUCUCUGUGCUCUCUCGCUCUUCUGACUUCUGCUGUGGGCCAAUGCAGCAAGAAGGCCCUUACCAGAUGCAGGCCCCUCGACCUUGGAUUUCCCAGUUUCCCAAACUGUAAGAAAUAAAUCUCUGUUCUUUAUAAAUUACCCAAUCUGGUAUCGUCAUAGCAGCAGAAAACAGACUGAGACGCACACUGUUGUGUAUACUACGUAUUUGUGUGUGUGUGUGUGUGUGUGCAUGUGUGUGCGUGCGCGCCUGUAUAGCCCUUUCAUUGUGAAAUAGUGGUGUCCAUCUCAGUGUUUCUUCCACAAAUAAACAUUCUGGUGAUAAACAUUCUGAGCUAGGUCAAGAAACAGAACACGAGAAUGCCUGUGCAGUCCUGCUUUCUCCUCCCACCAGAGGUCGCCGUGACCUUGGCCUCCGCCGUAGCCACGAGACCUUUGCUUUCUGGUUUGCUGCCUCCGUGUGCAUUCCGUCCUUUCUUCUGAAAUGAGGCCUGUGGCUUGUUUCUUUGACAUCUGCCUUUAGUGGCUUCGUUGCUGGCAUACCCAUGGCACUCACAUUGUACCUGCCCCCCCCCCGGGCAUCUUCCGACUUGUGGUAGAGUGUGGGUGUACCAUACGGCCAGGCGUGGAUGAGGGCGAAUGAAAUGGAGUGGGGGAGGGCCGGGCCUGCUUCUGUUUUAUAUUUUCAUGAAAUGUCAGAUUUGUGCCCCUCGCACGCAGCCACAGUCCCCCACUGAAUUGCACCGAUGCAGGAUUGGAGGCUGUGGUGAGCUGCCCCUCCUCUUAUCAAGCCACAGGAAGUAUGUCAUCUUGAUAAGAUGGAAAAACUGUGCCUGGAGAAUGAAAACAGACUGACCCAGGCAAAAAAAAACAAGGCCCAGAAAAAUCUUUGGAGAAAAAGGGAAGAUGAUGAAUUCUGACAAGUAAUAAUGUGACCAGCUAACUGUUAUGAAACACUUAGAGUGGAUCUUAUGCACAGCAGUCAAGAUAAAGGACUUGAGAUCUCAGAUUAAUUACUUGUAGCAUUUGCAUAUUGGCAAAACACUUCGCUGCAAGUUCAUCAUCCCUUCAGUGGCCUUGUCAGAAAAGUCCUGGGAACAGUUGUGUGUGCAUCUCUCAGCUUUCCAGCCGAGAGGUCUGGGGCAGAACCACGCUUGAUAGCCUCCAGCAGCAAAGCAGAGUGAUGAUGAGACCUUCGAGCUCAUGUGGGGUACUGGUGUGAUGAGAUCCUGAGCUCAUGUGGGGUGUUUGUUGUGAUGGGGUGUUGAGCUCAUGUGGGGUACUGGUGUGAUGAGAUCCUGAGCUCAUGUGGGGUACUGGUGUGAUGAGAUCCUGAGCUCAUGUGGGGUACUGGUGUGAUGAGAUCCUGAGCUCAUGUGGGGUACUGGUGUGAUGAGAUCCUGAGCUCAUGUGGGGUGUUGUAUGAUGGGCCCCUGAGCUCAUGUGGGGUGUUUGUUGUGAUAGGGUGUUGAGCUCAUGUGGGGUGUUGUGACGGGAUUCUGAGCUCAUGUGGGGUACUGGUGUGACGGGAUCCUGAGCCCAUGUGGGGUGUUGUUGUGAUGGGAUCCUGAGCCCAUGUGGGGUGUUGUUGUGAUGGGAUUCUGAGUUCACAUGGGGUGUUGGUUGUGAUGAGCUCCUGAGCCCAUGUGGGGUGUUGUUGUGAUGGGAUCCUGAGCCCAUGUUUGGUGUUGUUGUGACAGAAUCCUGAGCCCAUGUGGGGUGUUGUUGUGAUGGGAUCCUGAGCCCAUGUGGGGUGUUGUGAUGGGAUCCUGAGCUCAUGUGGGGUGUUGCUGUGAUGGGAUCCUCAGCCCAUGUGGGGUGUUGUUGUGACGGGAUCCUGAGCCCAUGUGGGGUGUUGUUGUGAUGGGAUUCUGAGCCCAUGUGGGGUGUUGUUGUGAUGGGAUCCUGAGCCCAUGUGGGGUGUUGUUGUGAUGGGAUCCUGAGCCCAUGUGGGGUGUUGUUGUGAUGGGAUUCUGAGUUCACAUGGGGUGUUGGUUGUGAUGAGCUCCUGAGCCCAUGUGGGAUGUUGUUGUGAUGGGAUUCUGAGUUCACAUAGGGUGUUGGUUGUGAUGAGCUCCUGAGCCCAUGUGGGGUGUUGUUGUGACAGGAUCCUGAGCCCAUGUGGGGUGUUGUUGUGACAGGAUCCUGAGCCCAUGUGGGGUGUUGUUGUGAUGGGAUCCUCAGCCCAUGUGGGGUGUUGUUGUGACGGGAUCCUGAGCCCAUGUGGGGUGUUGUUGUGACGGGAUCCUGAGCCCAUGUGGGGUGUUGUUGUGACGGGAUCCUGAGCCCAUGUGGGGUGUUGCUGUGAUGGGAUCCUGAGCUCAUGUGGGGUGUUGUUGUGACGGGAUCCUGAGCUCAUGUGGGGUGUUGUUGUGACGGGAUCCUGAGCCCAUGUGGGGUGUUGCUGUGACGGGAUCCUCAGCCCAUGUGGGGUGUUGUUGUGACGGGAUCCUGAGCCCAUGUGGGGUGUUGUUGUGACGGGAUCCUGAGCCCAUGUGGGGUGUUGUUGUGACGGGAUCCUGAGCCCAUGUGGGGUGUUGUUGUGACGGGAUCCUGAGCCCAUGUGGGGUGUUCGUUGUGAUGGGAUCCUGAGCCCAUGUGGGGUGUUGGUCGUGACGGGAUCCUGAGCCCAUGUGGGAUGUUGUUGUGAUGGGAUCCUGAGCUCAUGUGGGGUGUUGUUGUGAUGGGAUCCUGGCUCAUAUGCGGUGUUGGUUGAUGAGAACUCUGCACUCACCUGAGUUACUCAAGGUAAUCUCCCGCAUCUGCAGGCAUCCCUCUCCUGGGUCCCAGGCUUCACCAUCUCUCCAUCCCCUUCCCCAGAUCACUGGACACUGCGUGGCUAAGUUUCUAUUCCACUGGACCCCAAGGAUACUGCUCGGUCAUUCACAGGAAAUGGGUUUCAUAUUAUUUCGUUUUAAUUUACAGUUAUUUAAAAUUUAGUUAAAUAAUUUGAUUUUUGAAUUGGCAACACACAAAAUUUAAAGGAGAAGCUCAAGAAUCUAGGCAUAAAUGUGUCUGCAUUCUCUGGUUUUCGCCCUCCCUCCAAACAGGCAACCUGUGAUGCUGCUUUCCUGGGUGUCCCGGGGUUUUGUGCACAUAGGGUGACUAUAACUACGUACUCACCCCAUUGCAGCCUUUGCUCAGCGAUGUCAGAGCUGUGGCUUCUUGGCCAGGAAGAGCUGCCUCAGUCUGUCUCAGACCCACAAAGUGCUCCAUAGAGUGGGUGUGCAUGGCAGCCCCACCCCGCUGUCUGUGUGUGCACGGUCAGGUUGUUGCCAGUCUUGUUACAAAUAAGGCUGCUGCCUGUGUUAGUGGGUGAGAUAGCCAGAACGUAAAUCCCUGAAGGAAAAGGGGCAUGAGUUGCAGAAUGGCAGUUAGGGCCUAGUCUCCACCCCUGAAGCAGGGAAAGAACUGGAAGAAUUGUUUUGAAAAAGUAUUCAGAAUUCUAGAAACAAAGCCAUGCUCACUAAAAAGCACUUAUUCAAGAAAAACUAUUGAAUCUCAGAAGAGCAGGCAGGGUCUGUGGCAGUUUGACUGGGGACCACUUGCAUCUCCACCCUCCCUCUCUGUGUGAUUCUGUAGCCACCACUGCAGGCACAAAAGUGCUUCCCAGGCAGACGGCCAAGGCCAGCCUGCCCGAGGGCAUGGGUGCUGUCAGAGUCUGCGAUUUGAAUCCCACGCCGUGAAGUAAUAACUACACGAGUCACUUGAGCUUCUGUCACUGUCCUGGUUGGAUGGAGUCAUCACUGCAUCCGGAAACCACUGACCCGUCAUCCUGGCUGCCCCGCUUUCUGCUCCUAGUUGGAUGUCCUUCUUGUCGUUGUUAUGCAUUGAGGUUGGCUGGAGGGCAUCAGCGCUCCUGAAUGUGCCCUUUGUGCAGACGCCAUGCUGGGAGGCUAAUGUGUUCACUUCUUUUCUCUUCCCUCGUGUUGGGAGACUUCUGUUAUCAGCCUCACUUUACAGAUGGGAAAUAAGGGCAACCAGGGUGCUUCGGACUGUCAGCUGGGCUGGGCAGGAGCUGAGCUGCCAGGUGUUGAGGUGGUCAGUGAAGACAGGAGCUAAGGAGGGAACAUUUGGGGUGCCCACUGCCACAAUAGUGUCCUAACGGGCUAGGCAGGAGGGGGCAGCCCCACUGCGUGCCCUUCUCCCCCAUGGAGGGCACCAGGAGAGUCUGAAGCCUCAGCGCAGACGGGGCUGGUGUCCUGCUGACAGAGCCCUGAGCAGAGGGCUCUUGCUGAUUCAUGGGCCUGGGAACUUCGAGAGGAGGAAGGGAAGGGCUCAGAGUGGAAAAGUACUGGGCAAAGAAGGUGCCUUCAAGGCCCCUAGGGUGAGGCGGGCUCAGCAGGUGCUUUAGCGGGCGCUAAAGGCGGGGUGCGGAUAUGCGGAACAGUGAUGCUGGCCCGUCCCAUGUGGGGCCCCCUGCGGCUUGGUCUCUGACUGCAGCUCCCUUUGGAGACUGCUAGGCUCUGGCUGCACUCAGGCUGGUGUGGGGAUGGCAGCUGUCCUGUGAGGCCGGCCAGGUAGAGCCCUAUUCAUUGCCUGAAAGUCUGAGCAGCAAGUCAGAGAGGACUUCAGCCUGGAGCUGGACUCCCUGCUGAUGCUGCAGAUGGCCUCAGAAUUUUUCAGACACCAGGGAGAAGGCUAACCCUAACCUUCACUCUGUAGUGAGAGGACAUUAGGGGGCUCUUCCCCGUGCUGUCCCUGCCUCGCCAGCCUCCUCCGGAGGGAGCUGCCCAGGUGAAGGGCAGGUUGUGCUGAAGCCUCUGCCAGGGGCCCCCUGUGACCCACCUAGCCCCACAGGUCCCAACAGGAGCCUUCCAGCAGUUUCCCAGCAAGGAGUGGGGGCGUUGGCAGGAGAUGACGUUCCCUCUGCCACAGCUUCCAUGGCUCACAGGGCUGCAGGCCCGGGCCGGGGCGGGAGAUGAGAGCGAGGCCCAGUGCUGGGGCCUGACACACUGAGUGAUUGUUUGCCCUGUGGGCACUGUCCUCCUCAUCACCUGGGGCACUGAGGCUCCAAGUACUUGGGUAGUGGCCCAGGGUCACACUAAGUGAGCAAAUGCUAACAUGAGGUCUGACCCAGGCUCAUCCCCUCAUGCCUGGAUGGGUCUGGGACUGGAACUUGUCUUCUCAGCACAGGAGCUCUCAGAGGCAAGCUUGCGUGUUGUGUGUGUUGGUAAAAGCCCACGGACCAGGGUGAGAUUUGUCCCAGUGACACCCCUGUCUCCCAGGAGCCUUGGCUGGGCAGGGGUAGCCUGUGGCGAGGGCAGUGGCCAGGCAGACGCAGCUCCCCUGCAGGUGCAGCCAAGCCCUCCUCACCUUCCUGCACGGCUUCCU